UUUUCAAUUUUCUGUUGUAAGAAAGGGUUAUUUAGGUGAUGGAUGAUCAAGGUGGUAAUAUUAUUGUGACCAGAGAAUACAGGAAAGGGAACUGGACUGUUAAUGAAACAAUGGUGUUGAUCGAGGCGAAAAAGAUGGAUGAUGAGAGGAGAAUGAAGAAAAGUGAGGGAAAACCAACGGAGCUGAGAUGGAAAUGGGUGGAAGAUUAUUGUUGGAGGAGAGGGUGUUUGAGGAGCCAAAAUCAGUGCAAUGAUAAAUGGGAUAAUCUCAUGAGGGACUACAAGAAAGUGAGAGAGUACCAAAGGAGAACAGCUGAGAGAGGGGAAGGGAAUGAUACUGGUAGUAACUAUUGGGAGAUGGAGAAGAAUGAAAGAAAAGAAAAGAGCUUGCCUACUAACAUGUUGCGUCAUAUAUAUGAGCAUUUGGAACAGGUGGUGGAGAAGAAAGGAGCUCAGAAUGUGGUGGCUGCAGGUGCUAGUGGUGGCGGCUCGGUUCCCAUCCCCAAUAAACCUUAUGUUAUGGAUACACCAAUUACUAGCGUGCAACCUUCAUUGCUACAUCAACUUCCACCUAUUCCAGCUGCAAUUCCAUUGCCUCUAACAGCACCACCGCCGCCAAACGCUGCUCCUGCACUACUACUACAUCCACCCCUUUCGUAUGCUCAGGCUCAGCCAUUGCCCACACUCAGAUUCUGUACAAGCGAGCAUUCAGGCUCACUAGCAAAGAGAAGGAGAAGAUCAAGAGGUAAUGGGGAAGGCGCUGCAAGUCCAAGCAACUCAAAUGAAGUGGGAACUGCAAUCUUCAAAAGUGCUUCCGUUAUAGCAGAAGCCAUCCAGGCCAGUGAGGAGAAUGAGGAGAGAAGACAUAGAGACCUUGUUAUUUUACGCGAGAGAAGGCUAGAGAUUGAGGAAUCUAAGACAGAGAUCAAAAGAAGAGGAAUUGAGGGCCUGGUUGAAGCCAUUAACAGGCUUGCUAAUUCCAUCAUUGCUUUGGCUUCCCAUAAAAACCAGUCAGCUCCAAAGUGAUUCUCUUGAUUAUGAUUCUAAUUAUGUCUUA